GCGGUAGGUCGGUUCAUGGGCAUCAUUACAGGUCACAAGCAGAGAAACAGCAGCAGCGUCGAUUUUCCGAAGAUCCCCGAUUCGGAGCUCGACUUUCCGGGAAGAUCCGGGUACUCGGCUUCAUUACAUUACAGGUCACAUGAAGAGAAACAGCAGCAGCGUCGAUUUUCCGAAGAUCCCCGAUUCGGAGCUCGACUUUCCGGGAAGAUCCGGGUACUGGGCUUCAACCUCAACAUAACAGCAAUGGCGGAGGCAGCAGCUACAGCGGCUCCAGCAAUACCAGGAGCCUGGACCAAACACGUCACCUGCAGGUAUUUCAUGCAUGGGCUUUGCAAAGAAGGCAUCAACUGUCGAUAUUCUCAUGAUCUCAACACCAGUCAACCAGCUGCAGCUAUGAUUUGCAAGUUCUUUCAGAAAGGAAACUGUGUGUUUGGCGACCGGUGCAGGUUUGAACACUCUAAAGAAGACGUGCCUGGGCCCAAGCCGUCGCUGUCACCCCCUGCCUCCGCCUGCGCCCUUCUCACUCCUACGUCCCUCGCCGCCAGCGCUCCAGCCCCCGUUCCCAGUGGAUCGGCGGGUGGUCAGUCGGCAGACGGCCCAGAGAACCCUCAUGGAUCAGGCACAGGGGACUGGGUUAUGGCGGCAGAGUUUGUACCAGGCCAGCCGUACUAUUGUGGAAGGGACCCGGUGAAGUCUGAAGGGUCGGGGAUGAGUCCUCUGAUGGAGCGAGAGAAAGACCCGGCGGGAGACGAUAAGGAGUUGAGGAAGACUCUGUGUCCCUACGCCGCCAUGGGGGAGUGUCGCUACGGACUUAACUGUGCCUAUCUCCACGGCGACGUGUGUGACAUGUGCGGUCUGCAGGUGCUCCACCCCUCCAACGACGCACAGCGAUCAGAACACACCAAGGCUUGCAUCGAGGCCCAUGAGAAGGACAUGGAGCUGUCGUUUGCCAUCCAGCGCAGUAAGGACAUGCAGUGUGGUGUGUGUAUGGAGGUGGUGUUUGACAAGGCCAACCCCAGUGAGAGACGCUUCGGCAUCCUGUCCAACUGCUGCCACUGCUACUGCCUCAAGUGCAUCCGCAAGUGGAGGAGCGCCAAGACGUUCGAGAGCAAGAUCAUUCAAGUCCUGUCCAGAGUGUUGGGAAGGGGGGUAUGUCUCACUGUUCCUCAUCUCUGUAAUAAUCACUGUCCUCCUCGGUCCCGUCUGUCUCUGUUCCUCAGGACUAAAGCCUGUCGUUACUUCGACCAGGGUCGGGGCACCUGCCCGUUUGGCUCCAACUGCUUCUACAAACACGCCUUCCCUGAUGGGCGGCUGGAGGAGCCCCAGAGGAGACCAGCAGGGAGCAACGGCAGGAACAGGAACUCGAGGAGGACACCCCUGUGGGACCUGUUUGAAGAGCGGGAGAACACCAGCGACUCUUUGGACAACGAGGACGAGGAGAUGGUGACCUUUGAACUGAGCGAGAUGCUCCUCAUGCUCCUCGCCGCGGGAACCGACGACGACGUCACGGACUCGGAGGACGAAUGGGACUUGUUUCACGAAGAGCUGGACGAUAUCUACGAGAUUUACCUAUAGCACCACUCCCUAACGUUACCCUUUAAACCCCUUUUGUCGUUUUUGACUAGCCCUCGUCACCUUUACCGCGCUGUAGAAUGGACUGUCUUGUGUGUUUGGACAGUAGCUUCUCUCCUCUGUGUUGUGGCAGUGCCUUUGGGGGCAGGCCUUUCAUUCAGACAUCAACUACAUGAAGAAGAAGAAUUAACACAUGACAAACAAAUGUAAAUGAGGAACAGGUGGGUGUAAAACCAUUUUUCUAGAAA